AUUUCGAAUAAAUUAAUUAAAGUGGCGGGGGCAUCAAAUAAUAAUGGAAAAGGGGGCCGUCAAGCUGCCCCGGUCGACGUGGGGUCUCCACUGCUCGACUGGGAAGAGGGAGACCAUUUCAGUUUCGAGGAUUCAGAACGUUUCGAAGAAGAUUCUUUGUGUAGCUGGAGUUCGGAACCUGAAAGUCUGUGCAACAAUUGGCGAGGGUGGAGGAGACCAAACCUUCAGAACACAUUUGUCCCGCGCUCAACGAAAAAAACCGUUCAAGAUAAAUCAUCAGUAUCCACUCUCAGCGAAUUAGCAGCCAAAUGCGUUGCCUGUCACAUUCCGUUUGAACUGGUAGAGCAUGUUUAUCCACCUGUGCCCGAGCAACUACAACUUCAAAUUGCGUUCUGGAGUUUCCCCGACAGCGAAGAUGAUAUCCGGUUAUACUCUUGCUUGGCGAAUGGUUCUGCAGACGAGUUUCAGAGAGGAGAACAUUUGUUUAGGGACAGAGCUGUCAAAGAUGUCCUACAAAUUGGUUUCCACUUAUCUGCAACAGUUAUUCUCACUGUGCCUAGAGCUCAGUUCAACGUGGCAGUGACGUUUGACCGGCAAAGAAUAUCAUCAUGUAAUUGCACCUGCUCAUCGACCGCACACUGGUGUUCGCACAUAGUUGCAGUUUGUUUGUACAGGAUACAUUUACCAACACAAGUAUGCCUCAGAGCGCCAGUUUCGGAAUCAUUGCAAAGACUACGAAGAGAUCAGUUGCAAAAGUUCGCACAAUACCUCAUAUCGGAGUUGCCGCGGCAAGUACUGCCGACGGCUCAGCGUAUCCUUGACGAGUUGUUGUCCGCCCAACCAAACACUAUAAACACCACGUGUGGAGCGCCUGAUCCCACAGCUGGGGCGUCUGCCUACGAGUACACGUCAUGGUUCUUGGAUGAGAAGACUUUGCACAACAAUAUUAAUAAGAUAUUAGUCAAGUUCUGUGUUCCAGCCCCUAUAGUGUUUAGCGAUGUGAACUAUCUUAGCACAAGCGCGCCUCCCGCGGCGGCAGAAUGGUCGUCGUUACUGAGACCGUUGCGAGGCCGCGAGCCCGAGGGCAUGUGGAAUCUGCUCUCCAUCGUCAGGGAAAUGUUCAGAAGGAACGACAGGAACGCUAUACCGCUACUUGAGAUCAUCACAGAGGAGGUCAUGGCGUGUGAACAGAUCAUAGUAUGGUGGUACAGCACAAAAGCAGCAUUGGUCGCGUGGGGAGGCACCGGCGGCGGCGGUAAACAUGGCGGCAGCGGGGGCAACUCGUCAGCUCAACACGCGUGUUCUUCGCUCUGUGAUGAGGUGGUCGUGUUAUGGCGUCUUGCUGCACUGAACCCGGCUCUGGCGCCGCACGAGAGAGACACCUUACACGAGCAGUUCACGCAGUGGCACAUGAAAGUUCUCGACAAAGUGGCGAAAAACCGUAACAACCAUAUGGGCAGUUCUUCGCAUACGAGACACGCGUCGCGCGCCCAUUCCCAUCCUCCAUACAUCAAUGGAAUCAGCGAGAACGAAGUGUUUCCCGGAUUCCACCCCGCUAUGGAAGCUUGCUUCCUGGAAUGGGACGACUAUCAGAUCCCGGGAGUGACUUACACUAAAGACUUGAACCCUCUGUAUCACAGCCCGUUCACUAUCUUCCGACAUUCGGAUAAGCAAAAUGAUGCGCAUCAGGUGAACUCCUCAAAAGCAGUUUUGAACAAUGAAAUGUCCCUGAGCUACCGACUCACGAAUCCUGACCCGUCGAUGCAAGGACACCGCACGCUGGUAAACAGGAACAGUAGAAUCAACGUCGACCUGGCCAUUCCAGGGCCUUCAAGUCAACCUUGUGGCUCUGGAGAAGGACCAAGCGAACCGAAUCGCGAUUCAGGACCCAGUGAUGGAAAUCAUUCGAGUGUCUCAUCUGAAGGUUUCUGUGAAAACGAGGAAGAAAUACUGCAGCAAAGCGGCGGCGACACCGAUUCUCAGGAAUCGAGUUCCCCGCCCGUGUCAUCAGACGACGCCCAGCGAAGGGUGUCCAACGACGACUCGGUGUCUGACGACGAGUGUAACAUCUACUUUUACGAUUCCGCGGCCGCCAGGAGGGCGGUCGUUGGCGAAGGCUCCAGUGCUAUGGGUCCCGGCACAAGCGGCGCGGGUCCAUCGUCUGGCGUCACGGGAGCUGGUAGCUGGGAAUGCAUGUGGGAGGUGUCGUUCGCCCGCGCCGAAGGAUUGCAAGCCCAUGGACAUUUGAGAGAGGCUUGCGCUUUGGGCGCUAGGCUGGCGAGAGAGUUGUUGGCUAGGCCUCCAGCGUUGGGAGCAGUGGCUUCCAUCCCACCUCACGACCCCAGAAAGCCUCGGCGACGUCACACGCCUUCACCGAGGCUCUGCGCCGCGAGUCACAGGCUGUCGUGCUUGGCGUCUGCCACAUUGGCGAAGUGCGCUUUCCUUUGCACGGUGUUAGCAGAGUUCAGCGAACACCAUGAACUAGCUUUCCGCGUGGGUCUGUUCGCGUUAGAAAUGGCGCGACCACCGGCCAGCACCAAGGCUUUGGAGGUGAAGCUCAACAACCAAGAGACUGAGCUGGUCGCGCUAUUAAAGAAACUGCCGACCGGCGCCGAACAACUGGCACUGGCCAGGGAGAAAGCUGAGCAACUCAGGGAUGGGGCUUUGAGAAACCGAGGGCCAGCUUUGCUGCCUAUUGCGUUGGCCAGUUUCCUAUUUGACGUGCUGGCGUUAUCAGCGACUGACAAAGAAAAUAAACAUCCAUCAAGAUUGCCAACCGACGAAGCGUUAGGUUUCGAAGCGGCAGUAGCGGCUUUAGGACUAAAGGCUAACGUGUCGGAGGCAGAUCAUCCUUUGCUGUGUGAGGGUACGAGGAGACAACGAGGGGAGUUAGCGCUUACUCUGCUGUCGUUCUACAAAGAUGACCCAGUGAAACUAGCCAGGAUUAUGAACAAGUUACUAGACCGCGAAAUCCACCAGCUGACCAAAGGCCCGAUGGUCAGCAUGUAUUACACGAACAACCCGCGACUUGCUGCGUAUAGAGCGGACACUUCGUCUAACUCCAACGCGUACCCAAGUCAUCCCGCGCCGUAUAUGCCAUCACAGCCGCCCUGCGCUCUUGUGUCUGACAUGGAGCGUAUGGUGGUGUCAGACGGUGGACCGUCGCCGCCGGCGCACCCGCAUUCGUCCCACGCUCCUCACGGGGCCCAUGCCAGUCACAGUGGCCACGUUAGCCACACUGGCCAUGCAAGCCACACUAGCCACAGUGGCCACGCCAGCCAUAGCAGCCACCCGCCGCCUACUCACCCCCCGUUAGUCAGGCCGAAGGAUUCUAGAUACAAAGGCAAGAGACUCUACCCGUCAGUGCCAAAUCAGCCGUCAGAAGCGUCCGCGCACUUUAUGUUCGAGUUAGCAAAGUCAGUGCUGUUCAAAGCUGGAGGCUCGUCCAGUACAAGCCUGUUCACGCAGACCUCUUGCGCGAGGGAGCAUCAUGGACCUCACAGAGGAUUACACAUGGCUGCCUUUCAGUUAGGCCUAUACGCCCUCGGUCUACACAACUGCGUUAGCGCGAACUGGCUCAGUCGCACAUAUUCCUCGCACGUCAGUUGGAUUACCGGACAAGCGAUGGAUAUUGGAGCGCCAGCGAUAUUAUUCCUUAUCGACGCAUGGGAAGGUCACUUGACGCCUCCUGAGGCUGCGGGAAUUGCAGACAAGGCAUCAUCAGGCCGCGACGUUCACACGGUUCGCGCGGCGGCCGAGCUGGCUUUAUCAGUGUUACCGCACGCGCACGCGCUCAACUACAAUGAAAUACAACGCGCGGUGCUGCAGUGUAAAGAGCAGAGCGACGCUAUGCUAGAACGGGCAUGUCUUACAGUCGAGGCUGCUGCUAAAGGUGGCGGAGUUUACCCCGAAGUAUUAUACACCGUAGCCCGAUACUGGCACGAGUUAUACUUACGACAAUCAAAUGAAGAACAGACGGAGCCAUUACUAGAAGAGCCGCGGUACCAGGCGGCGCCGCCGCCAGUUGCUGUACCCGUUCCGUACCCACUGGCGUACCCUUUCACGUACCACCCGUACCCGCCGCCGAUCUACCAGCUGCAGGCGGCACCGCCGCGCGUGGCUGUACCCGUGCCGUACCCACUGGCGUACCCUUUCACGUACCACCCGUACCCGCCGCCGAUCUACCAGCUGCAGGUCAGUGUGGCCAAAAGGUACCAGGCGGCACCGCCGCGCGUGGCUGUACCCGUGCCGUACCCACUGGCGUACCCUUUCACGUACCACCCGUACCCGCCGCCGAUCUACCAGCUGCAGGUCAGUGUGGCCAAAAGGUACCAGGCUGCACCGCCGCGCGUGGCUGUACCCGUGCCGUACCCUUUCACGUACCACCCGUACCCGCCGCCGAUCUACCAGCUGCAGGUCAGUGUGGCCAAAAGGUACCAGGCUGCACCGCCGCGCGUGGCUGUACCCGUGCCGUACCCUUUCACGUACCACCCGUACCCGCCGCCGAUCUACCAGCUGCAGGUCAGUGUGGCCAAAAGGUACCAGGCUGCACCGCCGCGCGUGGCUGUACCCGUGCCGUACCCUUUCACGUACCACCCGUACCCGCCGCCGAUCUACCAGCUGCAGUACGGCGCUCCGGCGCCCGCGCCGCACCCAGGCGCGCAGUACGCGCUGCCGCCAUACUUCGUGCGCGGGCUCGUGGCGCCGCAUCCUGCGCACGCGCCGCACGCGCCACACGCGCCGCACCUGCCGCACCCGCAGCCUAUCGCCGUCAACGUCAAUGUCAACCGGACCCAAUCGCUGGAAUGUCAAUCAAUAAGUACUUCUGCUGUACUGCCGCCAUACUUCGUGCGCGGGCUCGUGGCGCCGCAUCCCGCGCACGCGCCGCACGCGCCCCACGCGCCGCACCUGCCGCACCCGCAGCCUAUCGCCGUCAACGUCAAUGUCAACGUGACUGCCUCCGCCCAAGUGUUUUCAACCUUCACUAGAACUUCUGCUGUACUGCCGCCAUACUUCGUGCGCGGGCUCGUGGCGCCGCAUCCCGCGCACGCGCCGCACCUGCCGCACGCGACCCACGCGCCGCACCUGCCGCACCCGCAGCCUAUCGCCGUCAACGUCAAUGUCAACCACGCAGCGCCAAUCCCGCCGCCGAUGCCGGCGCCGCAGCACCAGGUGAACGCGGUGGCCCCCCUGCCCCCCGGCGUGGGUGCGGGCGUGCCCCCCGCGCCGGUGGGCCCCGCGCCCGCCGCCCCCGCGCCCCCCGCGCUGCCGCAGGCGCAGCUGAGGCGGCUGUUAGCGGCGUACAGAGUGGGGAUGCUGGCGUUGGAGACUCAAGCAAGGAGGGUGCACGAUGACCGUCCACAGAAUAAGUUUGGAAGAAAUCCUCCAUACGGAGAGCAUGUCAAAUGGCUGCUCCGCAUAUCAAAACGUCUGGGCGCGCAAUACCUGCACCAGUUCUGCGUUUGCGCCGUCAACUCCGUCGUGUCUCCCUUCGUGCUAUACGAGUUAUGCGUGGAGUCGGCCCACUGGCUGGCCAGAGGUGGUCCCCACCAUCUAGUGAUGCAACACUUGCGGGGAACACUGGCACCACUAGUGCAGAAGUGCCAACAGAUGUACAUCCAAUGCAUCCACCAGAAGUUGUACCACUUGACAUCAGUGGAAUACGAAGAGUUCGUGAGCAUAGUUCUGUCGGCGCGCACGGCAUUCCAACUCACGCCAGAGGGAAACACCCAGUUCAAGGAGUGGCUGGCUUCGCUGCGCAGAUCAAAGUCCUGCAAAAAAGACCUGUGGACUCAACUGAACGCGGCGCUCCAAACGAACGGCAAAUGACGUCGGCAGCCGAUAGUUUGUAUGGUGCGGUGUACCGCGCGCAAACUGUCACAUUGCAUCGGCCACCGCCGGCCGCAAUACCGGCUCCUGUAUCAGCUGCACACUAUCUAACUAUACUACACGCUGUGUUAUUUGUGACUCGAGCACACGUCCCGUUCCCACCCAGAACGAGACAUAUCCAAGCGGGAGACGCGUGUGGGACCGAUUUGAUUUUGAACAAUCAAAUUGAACACUCACGUACACGAUGUACUUAAUUUUCACUCGAAUCACAAAUGGCAUGCGCAUUUACGCAUUAACCUGAUUUAUUAACGAAUUACGUCUCUUAGCAUAACACUCGAUUAGAGGGCGAUCGAUCUCAAUAAAAAACCGACGGACCUUGUGGUUAUUAUGAAAAUAAAUGUUGCUAACUCCGCAAUGUAGCGAUUAUCUGGUUACAUUGUUUGAAAAUUUAUCUAAAAGUUGCGAGCUGCGAAUGAAGGUGAAGUAAUAUUUUCAAAAGGAUGUCGUCUAACGCAUAUUCAUUCGAGAUCUCAUAUUUGUAAAUAUGUGUGUUAAUCAUCCUGUCGUUUGAAUUGUCCCUAUUAUAAAGACUUCCUAUCGCUAUCAAGGAUAUGAAGCUCAUGUUGACGGUUGUGCAUUAAAUAGUUGGUUGUAAUUGAAUACUAUUGUGUGGCAGAAAAUGGACCAUCACUGUUUUACCUUAAAGGGAGUUUAGCAACAUUUCGCUUGUUUUAAAUGUAAUGCAAUGUAAUCGAUACUUGACUAUGGCACAUCCAGAAAGGAGUUUUCAUUUAGCUGUCAUUAUUGACUGUUGGCUAUGCUAUACUGAAUUAUAUUAUUUACAUUGCACAAAUCGAAAGUCUUGUAAGUUUUUGUCCACAAACCUAAUUAUAUUUUGAAUUUUGCUAUGAUGACUUGACACACUGAACUGUAAACUAGUCAAUAGUUUGAGGAUCUGUCAUGGGUGAACCAUAGUGUUUCAUUACUGCAGUUUUUAGUUUCUUUCUUGUAAUAGUGUAAUGUAAGCUGCUCGUUUGAUUUUAAUAUCUUCUGCUGUGUUGUGAGUUUGAAUUGCAUAUUUUUUAUCUGUAUUUCUGCCGAAGAUAUUAAAUGAUAACAAGUUUCUAUUUAAAAUGUUAAUCAUUACCGGACACUUAAAAUAAUUUAGUCUAAAAUUGUUCUGUAAUUUUAUGUCUGCGUCAUAAUUUCAUAGCGUUUGAUUUAAUUCAGUUAUGGUUAACAUUUUGUUCUUCUUUAGUUAAUGUAGCGUAUCGGCAAACAAUUGUUCCACAAAAUAAAGGACCUUCGUUUAUAAUACAAAUUCAUUUCAAAUGCGAACUAAAUUCACAUCUUUAAAUCUACAUAACAAUAAAAUCAAGCUAUUUUGCACAACAUACAACAGUUGUUUGCCAAGAAACGCUAAUCAGUGUCUAUUUAGCGAAUUGUUUUAAAGAUCUCUGUCAUUAUAUGGUUAAGCGUUUAGAGUAUGAACUUCGCUCAUUGUAUUCGCCUUAUUAUUUUUUUAGUUUAAUUCAACGCUAUAAUUAAUUAUUUUCCGGAGUAUGUUGAGCAAAAUGUCUUUAUAUUUACGAAAAAUAUCUUACAAAUUGUAUCGUAUUUUAAAAUGAUAUGCGUGGAAUGGCGAGCGCACUAGAUUUAAUGUUUGAAAUGUGCUUAUUGCUAACAAGUUUAAUGGUUGGUUGGAUUAUUAAUAUAAAGUCUCUUAUAGCAAUAAUAAUGUCUCUAGAUUUACUGUUAUGUGUUAGCACCUCGGACAUGUCAUAAAUUGAUAAGAAUAAAACUAAAACAAUAUUGGAUAUGACAUAAAACUAUUUAUCUGGAAAUGACAUUUAAAAAAUUCAAAUUGUAUAACAAUAGUCCAUAUUAUAUUGAUGAUUGGCUUAAGAUGUUUCAAGUGACCUAAAAAUUAAAUAGCGUCAUUAGACUACAGAAUAUUAGACAGAAUGUAGACGAUAACCGUCGAUACACUAUUUUUGAUAUUCUCUUGUCGAAAUUUGCAGUUUCACGAUUGUUUAUGUAAUAAUGACGUCUUGUGUAAUUUAGAAGUGCGUUUGAUUAAACUAUAUUAACUUUAUUUACACGUUUAUAUUAUAUUAUUAUAUUGUAAUGCAAAGUAGAGUCUUGAGAGCCUUUGGAUUAGACAUAAUAUAGGGCGAUGGAGCUGGCAACAAAAAGGCAGGCCCGUGAUGUUUGAAGAAGUUAACGGUUUGUUAUGUAACCUAACGACGAUAAAUAAAUAUGUUAACCUAUUUUUGUUAUUGAGGUCAUUGAUUGGUAACAUGUAACUAAUUAAGCAUUUGCUGAGCUCCAAUUAGCUUCAGGAUGCGCUUAUCGCUAAGAAAUUCGUAAUAGUCUUCAUUUAAAUUGCACAAACGCUGUUGUUCUUCGGGCCUAGAACUGAACUGUCAUUUCAUAGUCAGAUUCACAACGAUUAGUAGAAAUAAAACUUUACGAACAAAUCUACGCCAUUUAAUAUUAAUUAAUAUAUCUAGAGUCUCUAAUUAUCGAAAUAUAGUAAUGUAAUAAGCUCUUCCAACCGUAAAGCAAUAUUAAUAUAUCAUUUUAUAAAUGUAUUUUAUAACAAUUUAAUCUUAUUUAUAUAAAAUUAUCAAUUUUGACAGUAUUUAAUCGUCGUGUUAUACAUAUACUUGGGUGUAUAAUAGUAUUAUAUUAAAUGAGGUAUUCAAAGGUUAUGUAUUUACAAUCAGUAUACAAAAUAUAUUUAUUGUGCGCGGGGGGAACUGUGGAAAUAAUAUUUACAAAUUCAAGGAAGACACGCGGCAAUUCGUAUUCUGAAACGUAAAAUGCGUGUGAAUGUAGCAGUUGCUCAACUGAGUCACCCGAAAAAUUAGAAAUGUCAUAUUAUGUGCCCGAAAGCGUAUUAUCGUGCCUGUUUUAUGUCAGUAGCAGUACAGACAGUGCACCCACUUUGUGCCUUUACACUUAAUAUUAAAUUUGCAACCAUAAAAUGCCCGUUAGGAUACAAGCGAAACAUUUUAUGCUAAUUGAUUCAAAUGUUCCAAAUAUGACCCUCUGAAGUUGAGGAUUUAAGGAUACAAAUUGAUGCUAGUAGAUCUAAUCACAAUGAAAUAACAGCGAAGUUUCAAAUUAACUAGAGACUGCUUUGCUGUUUGCUUGUAUCACUAGUAAUUUCGAUAUUCUGAUGAAUUCUUCUAAUAAGCUGUUUAGCAAACUAAUAAAGAUAAUUAUUUCUUCUAUCCCUCCCUCUACUUACGUAGGGUUUCAGAGUUACCUCUAAAUCUAAACCUGUUUACCAGUUCUUCCUUAAACUUAGUAUUUUUCUCUGAAUCUAAGCAUUUUAACACUAAACUACUUAAUUACUCUACUAAUAAAUGGUUGCGCUAUUUUGGUUGUUAUGAAUAAAAUAUACAUACCAUAUUAGUGUCUAUAAUUAUUAGUAAAUUCGCGUCUGCCAAAUAACUUAAGCUGGAUCAGAAAAAGAUUAACGGUUAUUCGGAUUGCAUCCUAAAGACUGUUUGUCCGAACUCUAGAAACCAUACAGCGAGCAAGAAUAUUAGACACGUGUAUAAGGUAAUAUAAUAUAAUAUACAAGAAAUUAUAUACCUCUAGCUAGCUUAGAAUAGGCAAGAUCAAAAGACAUUGUUCUUAUCGACCCACAAAAAACCUGACAUUGAAAUGAUUAUUUUGUUGCCAGCCAAUCGCCGAGUAGUUUUAGUUUAAUAUCUUUAUAAAUUAGAUGUUAACGUGCAUUCAUUCAAGUGUGGAUGCUCUCAGCAUUCAGUAGAUAGUAAAUUUUAGAAUGCUAGUUAGAAUAAAUUGACGUUCGUGAAAAUUUGAAAAAAAAAAAGCUAACAAUAUUAUAAUUAUUAUGAUUUUAUUUUGAUUGUCGUGUGCGUUCUGCACUUGGUUGAAUAGUAUUUAUCAAGUAUUGUCAUUUUAUUGUUCUUGGGCUAUAGUUAUUUACUCGUUUUUUCUUCAGCGCAACAGUAUUCAACUGUUACCGACUCGUUAAUAAUGCGCUUUGAGUUUGAGUUUCAGUAGCGUGUGAGAUCGUCGUGAAGGCAUAGCAAAGUGAACAAAAAGUAAAAUUGCACAGAAAUAUUAAAGUAGAUAUUAGUGCCAUAGGUUCAUUAUAGUUAUUAAUUUAAUAAUUGAAUGAAUUUAUACAAACGAUAGAAUGUUCUAUUUUAAAUUAAAUAUUGGAAAUGUAGUCACGUAGAAUCAUAGUUGUGCUACGUACGUUUGCGACUAUCUCACAAGGUAUAUUGCAAGUUUGGAGUACGCGUCAUUUUGGUGUGAAAUUAUUUUUGUCGUAACGACUUGCCGUCCAUAUUUUACGUUGCAAAUCUAUGUGUACUACUAAGUUCUCAUUCUUCAACGUUUUCCUAUUUAGAUUAUUAAAAUUACACUACACAGAUAAUGUAUAUUUAAUAUUACAGAAUUUCAUAUUCUUAUUAUGCUCGUUGGGCAUUAUUAACAAUUCCUGGUAUAGUUUGUCAAAAAAGAUUACUUCUUCUCCAUUUUGGCAUUAAAUGAUGCUUUGAAAUUUGUCUCAAAGAACUAUUUUUACACUUUAAAGCAUAUUUAAUAAUAUUUAAAAAAAGAUAAAUAUAUCGUUAGUUUGGUAAUUAUAAGGUGUUAGUACGGAGCAUAUUUUAAUUAGUCGUUUAAUGCAUGUUCAUAGUUGUAUUUCCCAAGUAUCAGACGAUUUUGCGAGGUGUAUUUUAGGUGUUGUCGUAUAUUAAUUUGCUCUUUUGGUAUCACAUAUCAUUGUAUGGAAACAACCAACACUACGCACACAUGUACCAUGGAAUACAAUAGAUUGUUCUAAUUUUUUACCAGGAAUUAUUACACUAAAACACAAUGCAGUCUGAAAAUACUGUGAAGACUGAGACACAAUGUGGAUUAGACAUACAUACAUCAAUAAAAAAAGUCUCAACGAAAUUACGCGUUAAUGUAAGGCUUCAGUUUUUCCUUAACAAUGGCUUAAGAGCCAAGGGAGUGCCUAAUCAAAUACAGAAUGAGUAAUUAAUCUUAUUUUCCCUUUUACGCGUGGUACAUUUUGUAUGUCUUUUCCACAAACGGUCUUUGUAUAAAACCUAGUACUGCAAUUAGAUUACUUGUUUGGGAAACGUGAGCAAUGAAAUGUUAUUGUUCUGACUGCGACUAUAUCAAACUGGGCGGGGGGUACAGAAUUGUAUUAGAUUCAGUUUUGCUGCAGGAUUUGGAAUCAUCGGUUGGUAGUGUUAAUAUGGAAAUGCGUCAAAUUUGAUAAAGUCCGGUCUCGUGUAUUUCUUUUCACCUGUAAUACUCAUAUUGCUGAAUUCUACGUCACAUCACAGUCAGUUAGGUGUAUCGAGGAUUACAGAGUAACAAUUCUAUUUAGUUCUAAAUCGAUGAUGCAUAAUUAUUUUAUACAUCUGGAUUUGUAGUUUAAUUAUUACACUUUGUAAGUGUGGUGUCUCCGCCUAUUAAAGUAUGUAACCAUUACAGAUUUGGAAUGGCUACUUAUUAGUGUACGUAAUAAAGUAUAAUGAUAUUUUUAUUGUUCAUAUCGCGUAUUAUGUCAUUUGCAAUCGCAGUGCAGAAGAAAUGACUGUUUGUUAUCUCAAUAUUGACUGUCAGCGAUAAGGACGUUCUUGCUCACUUGCAUUGUGCAUAUAUUUGACGAUAAAUUGUACCGCCUCGGAAUAUUUAUGUAUGCUUACAAACAGUUUUGUCUUCGGGUCGUCACUGAUUCGUUCAAUUGUCCACCACGAACUUUGCAGGACGUAAGACUGACAGUAUAAAAUAGUCAAAUGUGGAGUCUUACUUUGAAGCCCAGGGUGUCUGUAAACAAUAGUCGCGUCACAUAAUAAAACAUUUCAUUGAGUUCGUCAGUGCAAUUGUUUUAUGACAUCCUGUAUAAGAUAGAAGUGCCCAUAAUUAUGAUUAUUGUAAUAUUAUAUUUAUAAAAUAUAUAGCACUAGACAUUUUGCUCCGUUGUCGCAAAAGGUUGUAAUUAUAAAAGUAUAGUAAUAUUGAUUAGUAAAGAGAUAGACUGUUUUGCACGAUUUCUGGUUUGGCCGUCGAUUCUUCCACGUUGUCGCUUUCCAUGCGAGCAGCUUCAGCGCUUUGUGAUGGCAGGCUCGCUUGGGUUCGCUGCAUGUCAAACCACAACGUGAGCGAUUGAAACAUUCUGUAUUUUACCUACUUGCAAUAUUCCCUCACUUUGAAUAUGAAAUGUACGUUUCCACUCAAACUCGAAAUAUUUUGACCUCUAGAACAUUUUUAUUAUUACUUUUACGAUUACACAUAUUAUAAGUCUUUUUUGGCAACAUACUUGAAGUAACAUUAUUUAAUUAUUCAAUAUACUUAUUCUAUAUUUAA